CAGCCUUGCACCAUUCUUGCAGCAGAGAUCAGGCCGAGCGGUGGGGCUCUACAGGUGGUUCUCUCUGCCCACAGUCAUGAUGAUGGUGGUGGUGGCGGCGAGGCGGGCAGCGGGAUGGAGCCGCGGCUCCUCGUCCACACUGGAGGUGCUGCAGCGGCUGGCGAGCGGCGGCAGCGACCAGCCCAUCAGGGUGAGGCAAGACACGCCGCAGCCUGGGGAGUCGCCUAUCUACUACGUGCAACUGCCCUCCUCGCCCUACUACUACGUUGACGACUCCGCCUUGGCCAGCGUGCCCCUCCCGCCCCACACCAAGGUGGACAUCGACUUCUCCAUCAACGGAAAGCCCUGGGCAAGGUGUACCACUACAGCUCCCCCGCCACCAAGCUCCACUACCUUCCACUAUCACUCCACUACCUACCCCUGCCAUCCACCUCAGCACCCCCGCCGCCCUCGCCCACGCCUACCACCGCUGUCAUCCACAACCAUCGCUCCUGCACCUACGGAGUCUCCUUCGCCAGACGCCACGCCGGAGAAGCCACUGAAGCGCUCUAAGGUGACGCUGAAGAAGAAGUUUUCAUUCAACGGGAAGCCCACGAAGGUGUACGUGUGGCGGGGAAGUUCUCCGCUCACUAUAAAGAACCACAGGAGAGCUCGCCGCCCCUUCAGGUUCUGAGCUGAGGCGUCUAGAUACUGAAGCGGCUUCUAUUUUACGUUAAGAAUAAAGACGGAUUAAUGGUGUGCAAUAAGUGCUAUAUUAUGAACACACAAAAGAUGGCAUAGAAAAUAAACGCAAGAUUGUUACAUUACGAAAAACACAUAAGAAGAAACUGAAAAAUAGUUUAAUCACUUCUACGUUAGAGAAAUAAAUACACAGAUAAAUGUAUGAACAACGUGUGUAAUGAAUAACACAUUAAGAACACAUGAGAAACAAAAAGGCAUGUAAAAUUUUUCACGUUUAAAAGUAAAACAAAAAAAGCAUGAAACAAGUAUUUCGUUAAGAACACAAAUAAACAAAAAACAAAACAUAAAAUAUAAGCGUAAAAGUGUUAUUCUUUUUACUUUAUUUGAUGGAAACACACCGUCGUGAACGUGGAAGCAUGAUAAAGUCAGUAACACGUACUUUGACAUGCUACUUGUCCACCUUUCCCUCUUCCGUUGAAGGCGCCGGGAGGAAAGGAACAAAGCAGCGCCUGACAGCCAGCAGUCCCGUCCCCCCUGCCCCCCACGGCGCCGCGUCACCACUACCAACACGCCACUGAUGGAUGGGAUGCAAAUUACGGCCAACUCAGCAAAGCAACAGAAAGAAAACAUAAAUAAUUCAAAACAAAGGAUUGGCCAAACGUGCCCGGCCCCUCCCGCACACCUGUACCCACACACCCACACCCACACACGGGUCACAAGGCACUCCCUCUCCUGGCGUACGGAGACUUAAUAAUCACGUUGUUAGUGCCGAGUCAAUAGGAAGCCUUAAAAGAUUAGAUAUAUUUAUGGAUAGGGAUGAUAAGUAGGUAUGCGUCUGUAUGUUUUAUGAAGGGACUGCCACGUGUAGGCCUGCUGGCUUCUUGCAGCUUCCCUUAUAUUAUGUUCUGUCUAUUCUCAGUAAACGUUCUUCUAUAACAA